AUGUCAAUUGCCCUUUUGGACAUCGAGGGGACUGUGUGUCCCAUAACUUUCGUCAAGGAUUGUUUGUUCCCCUAUUUCUCUAAGCAAUAUCCUAGCUAUUUGCGCGAUGUCUCUUUUCCCAUUGACAAAAGCGAUGGUGGGCUCGCAGACGUCUUGGCUGGCUUCCCGAAGGAAGCCGUCGCCAGUAUAGACCAGCUUAAAAACCACAUUGACGAUCUUGUUGCAAGAGAUGUUAAGGACCCCGUUCUCAAGUCUUUCCAAGGUUUGGUCUGGAAAGAAGGCUAUGCUAAGGGAGAUUUGAAAGCUCCCGUGUAUGAGGACGCAAUUGCUUUUAUCAACCGAUCGAAGUCGGUGUACAUCUACUCGUCCGGCAGUGUGGGUGCUCAAAAGUUAUUGUUUAGCCAUGUGGAUGUAAAUGGCGCUCUGGUGGAUUUGACACCAAAACUCAAGGGCUACUUUGAUAUCACCACCGCUGGAUUCAAGCAGGAAAAAGACUCGUACUUAAAAAUUGCCGCUGACAUUGGAUGUGAUCCAGCCGAUGUAAUCUUCUAUUCUGAUAAUGUUCUUGAGGUGAAAGCGGCAUUGGAAGCUGGAAUGGCUAGCAAAGUCGUCGUGAGACCUGGAAAUGCGGAACUAAGCGAAUCUGACAAGAAAAGUUAUGAGUGCAUCUCUUCUUUCACCGCAGAAUAG